AUGGCUCCCAACAAGUACACCCUGGCCACCCGGCUGACUCUUGCGAAUGGCAAGACCAUCCCCCAGAUCCAGCUGGGGCUGUACAUGAUGUCCGGCCGUGAGGUCACAAAGUCCGUUCCCUGGGCCCUGGCUGCCGGCUACCGCGGCUUCGAUUGCGCGCAGAUGUACCACAACGAGAGGGAGGCGGGUAGGGCGAUCCGUGACUUCCUGGCCAGCGGCGAAAACACCCAGGGCCUGAAGCGCGAGGACAUCUUCUACACGACCAAGCUGGCGAGCAGCAGCGCGUCGUACGACGCCGUGCGCAAGUCCAUCAAGCAGUCCGUCGACGUCUCCGGCCUCGGAUACGUGGACCUGUUUCUGCUCCACAGCCCGUACGGCGGCAAGGAGGCGCGGUUGACGAGCUGGAAGGCGCUGGAGGAUGCGAUUGAUGCCGGCGAGGUGAUGAUGGGCGGUGUCAGCAACUACGGCGUUGCUCAUAUUGAAGAACUGAUGGCUUCGAAGCCUCGGAUUGCCCCUGUCAUUAACCAGAUUGAGGUUCACCCUUUCAACACACAGACGCACAUCAGGGAGGCGUGUGCUAAGCACAACAUUGCCAUUGAGGCCUACGCGCCGCUGGCUCGUGGAAUGCGCAUGAAGCACCCCAAGAUCCUGGAGCUGUCCAAGAAGUACGGCUGCACUCCGGCUCAGCUCUUCGUUCGGUGGUCGCUGGACCACAACAUGAUCACUCUCCCCAAGAGUGUGCGCCAAGAUCGUUUGAUUGAAAACGCCAACGUUUCAAACUUUGAGAUCUCCAAGGAAGAUUUGGAUGCUAUGGAUGCACUUGACGAGCACUUGGUUACUGAUUGGGACCCGACUGAGGCACCUUGA